UAUUGUAUGAGGACUUCAGAGCAGAAAAUUGCAUUUAUAUUAGGACUAUUUAAUGAUUUAAAUUGUAUUAUAUGAACAGGAAAUUGAAAUUGGAUAUUAUUCCUAAGUAAAAGAAAUUUCAUUUGAGGAGCUUAUUUCCAAAUGAAAACUUAGUUUUGAUUUACUUUUUGUUUCUCCGUAAUUUCUUUUACUGUGCAAUCUGCACAGAUUGUUUUUGUCAUAUUUAAGUUUUUUCCGGUUUCUAAAUAAUGAUGCAAAGAAGAAAUGUCAGGGAUUUAACACCAAUAGAAACAGAAGAAGAUGUGAUUCUUUUCGAAAUGCAUAAAUUGGCUGUUACAAAAGGAAGGAAUGCUGUAUCAUCACGAGCAGCUAAAAUAGUCGAUUUCAGUUCCCAGUAUGGGAACAAUAAUGCAUUAUCAUACACUGCUCAAAAUUUAGUGGGACCUCCAACUGUUUAUCCACUAUCAGGCGAUAAUGCGUACUCUUUUCAUCCAAGAACCUAUGGCAAGUGGUGGGAAAUAUCACCUUCCCAUCUCAAAUCAGAGGUUAUACUCCCUUCUACAAUAAUAGCCGAAAGUCAAGAUUUUAUUGAAUUUAAUGUGGUUAAACGAGUUGCACCACAACUCCUCCGUGUAUAUGAAGUAUAUAACCCAGGUGCUAUUGUAAAGGUGUUAUGUUAUUGCUAUGAAACUGAAAAAUGGGUCAUUAUAUGGCAAGGAGCACCUCAAGUACUACCACCUGAAGAAUCUCGUUGCUUUACAGUUGCAUUUGAAGGGAUUGAAUUUAUGACUGAUUUAUACAGACUUGAGUUUCAUCACAGGCAUUUGGAUUAUUUUUGCGAAAUCGAUGGUCUGAUUCUCUAUGGAGAAAAUAGACGUUGUAGCAAGUUUUUCACAUCUGAAAAUAUGAGUACUAAAAAAUAUGCAUCAAAUAAUGAGAUGGAAAUAGAUGAAAAAUCAGAAAAAAAUGGCUUGAGUAUGUUACCAAGUGAAGUGACAUCCUUCAUAUUUAGCUUUUUAGAUUUUCGGAGCUUGUGCAGUGCUUCCAGAACCUCCAGAUUAUUCAAAAAGAUAUGCUAUGAUCCUGCAUUGUACAGAGAUUUAAAUUUGCAACCGUAUUGGCACUUAGUUGAUGAAGAUUUUCUUAUGUCAUUGGGAUCAAGACUAAGUUUAUUGAAGAAACUUAAUUUAUCUUGGUGUGGGGGACAGAAACGAAUAACUCCUUCAUUUUUUGCAUUGUUUUUAAAAUACAAUUGUCAAAAUCUAACAUCCUUGAGAUUAGCAAAUUGCUCUUUCGUGGAUAAUGAUUGUUUGUGUGCUGUAGCGAAUCUUUGUCCUAAUUUAAAAGAAUUGGAUAUUCGGUGUUGCCGUUCAGAAGAUUUACAAAUGUUGGGCUUCAAACGCAUAUCAAAAAUGUCAAAUUUGGUUUACUUGAAUCUUUAUCGGACAUUAAUUGAUGAUAUUCCUUUAAAGGAAAUUAUUAAAUCUUUGAAAUUGAAGCAUCUUUCGAUUGCUGCUUGUUCAAAUAUACAAAAUAUAAAUGAUAUUGUAAAUUCUAUUGGUAUACACUUAAGAUCCAGUCUGAUAACUUUAGAUAUAUGGCGAUCUGUUGAUUUGAAAUGUCCAGCAGUUCGUGAAAUAUCAGAAUGUAGUAAUUUACUGGAGCUUGAUAUGAGCUGGUGCCCCAAAAUUGAUGCCGGCUGUGGAUGUCUUAAGAGUAUUAUUGAAGGUUGCCCAAAGUUAAGAAAGCUUUUCUUGAGUGCAAUACGAACACUAUCAAAUAGUGAACUUUAUUCUAUUGCAAUGCAUUGUCCAGAUAUUGAGCAACUGGACAUUCUUGGAUCAAGGGAAUAUACUUUACAUGGUGUCAAAAGCUUGUUGCAGACUUGUAAGAAAAUGAAGCUGUUAGAUGUAUCAUACUCUUCUAUAGAAAUAAGGCAAAAUGUGGCAUAUUUGCAAACAUUGUUUCCUGCAGUUAGUAUCAAAUGCAGUUUUCCUCGCACGGCGAAUGCAGCUCAUUAAUUUAAUUUACAUUUUGAUUGUUGAUCAAGAGUGAUUUGUAUUUUGCUAAAUAUAUUACAAAAAAAGCGUUUUUAAUAUACA